AUGAGCAAACUGGAAAAAACGGAAGCCAAAAAGUCAAAAAUUAAGAUUAAAAUAGGAGGCAGUGAUGGUAUAACACACUAUACAACUUUUAAGGGAGCUCCCUGCUCUACGGAGUUAAAAGGAUGGGAAAUGAAAAUCACAGUUAAGGAAGAUGGUUCCGUCUCGGGAUCUAAUAAGAAUGAAGGCAGUUCCGCUAAAAAGACCUAUAGUGGAACGUUUAAGAACGGUUAUUUGAAUGUGGUUUCAUCUUUUUCCGAUGGAAAACAAUUUAAUUACACUGGUUUUAUUUCGUUGAGUGAUUCAAAAGCAAAGUUGGAUUUCACGUGUAUUUCUGGAGGCGUUGGAUGUAGUGUUGGUGAUAAAGGGUAUUCUACUGGAAAAUUAAAGGUUGAUACUUGA